AUGGAUUCUGUAGAAAUGAUAUGGGUACAAGUAUGCUAUUUUGUCGAGUUUAAAAAGACUGAAGAAAGCAAAUGGACAUGGGAUUAUAUAGGAAACGGUGAAGAAAAUGUGGAUAUUCUUUAUGUUCCAUCUAGCAUUUCGUAUAUAGAGUUGUACAACAAAGUGCAAGAACUUGUUAAUGUGGAUUCAAAGUUAUAUGAAAUUGAGAUGAUGUCCCUUAAUCCUGGAAUGUCUAAGUUUUCAGUUCCACCACAAAGGAUUAACAGUGACAUGAAAGUGAAGUGGUUUCUUUCUAUUUGUAAAAAACAUCCUCUUUGCGUGACUAUUUCGACUAAAGUUACAGGUGAAUGUGAUAGUGUAAGGGAGUUUGAAAGAGAUUGUGGAGUAGAAACUAAUGGUGAAGUAGAAAAGGGAGAUGUGAGCCAUCAAAAUGAAGUUGAGCUAUAUGAUGGCGAUCAUGGAAAUGAUAACGUAGAAGAAGGAAACUCUGUGGAUUGGGAUAACUUGCAUAUAAUUCAAGGUAGUUCCGAACAACAAGAUUUCGAAGAUAAAUCUCCUCCGAGAAAUGAAAACAAUGUUGAUUUCUCCAUGGAAGAGGACAUUAUUGGUACUUCAACACAAGUCCUGUGUUCAAUUCCUUAUAGAUCAUCAGUUAGGAUUCCAGAAAAUGAGGAUGUACAUGAUGAUGAACUAUUUCCAACUAAAAGUGCUUUGAUAUCAAAACUCCAGCUACUUGCCGUGAAGUACCAAUUUGAAUUUAAAGUGAAGAAAUCAAAUAAGAGUGUUUAUACAGUCGUUUGUGUUGAGAAAAUUUGUAACUGGCGUUUACGGGCAACGAGCAUAGCUGAAUCUGAGAUUUUUCAAAUACGAAAAUAUUCUAGCCAUCACAUUUGCUCUAUGAGUGUUCGUCGCAGGGAUAAUAGACAUGCUACCUAUUCGGUAAUUGGAAAACAUGUAGCUCCAAAAUAUCAUGAUGCCAACAUAGUGUACAGACCAAGAAACAUUAUCAAUGACGUUCGUCGAGAGUUUGGCAUAACUAUAAAAUAUCACAAGGCGUAUAUGGCCAAAGAAUUUGCUUACAAAGAGGUUCGAGGUAGCCCUGAUGAUAGCUAUGCAAAGUUACCAAUGUAUUGUCACAUUCUGGAGAAAAAUAAUCCUGGUACGUUGACCUUUAUUGAAACCAAUAAUGAUGGACAUUUCAUGUAUUUUUUUAUGGCAUUAGGACCAAGCAUACGUGGAUUUCUCUCUUCAAUUCGACGGGUAAUAUGUGUGGAUGGAACAUUUUUGAAAUCUAAGUAUCGAGGUACGUUACUUGUUGCCACAUGCCAAGAUGCAAAUCGUCAAAUUUAUCCACUUGCGUGGGGCAUAGUGGAUUCAGAAAACAAUGACUCAUGGACUUGGUUCUUUCAGAAGUUACGACAGAUAACCGAUGACACAGACGAGCUAGUCUUUAUAUCUGACCGUGCAACAAGCAUAUCAAAUGGUUUCAACAGCGUCUAUCUUAACGCACAUCAUAGACAUUGUAUAUGGCAUUUGCAAACUAACUUGAAGAGCAAAUUCCCUCGCAUAGAUAUUGUGCCAUUGUUUAGAGCUACUGCACAGGCAUAUAGUUUGGCAAAAUUUGAGAUUAAUAUGCAAGCAUUGUGCAGUCUACACGAGAAAAUCAGAGAAUACUUAGAGGAAGAGGUUGGCGUGGAGUAUUGGUCAAGAGCACAUUUCAAUGGAAUCAGAUACAAUACUAUGACCACAAACAAUGCAGAAUCAUUAAAUUCAUUCCACAAAUAA